CAAAGCUAGAGUUGCUCUCGGCUAUGCCUCCAUCUUGUAAUCGCUGUCAAAUUUUUCGCACAAAUGACUGCCCAAAUCAUGUGAAAAGUGGUUUUUUGUAAUUCUGUUUUGUGCUUUCAGCACUUCACUUGUCAAUCUAGUUUACUAGCUAACAUCACUCAACAACAUUCCUAACUGUGAUUAGUUUGUGGUGUGCAUAUACCCCCUUAAAUGUUUUGUGUAAGACAAAUUAUUGUUAUGGCUUUAAGUCUGGGAAGUGGCAGUUAAACUGCUUUUCUGCAGAAAGACAAGAGCUAUGUAAUCUAUGUUUCACUUUUCUCUGACUGUUUAAUGCUCUUCACUGACUAUCAAACAUUGAUAAUAGUUGCAUAUUUUCCCAAGAAUAUUGGUUUUAAAUCAGAACUAACAGAGUUAUAUUUUUAUCAAUUUUCAGCUUGUUAGUACAUGAAUUUUGGUGAGAAAAUAUCCUUUAAUGAAUCCUACAAGUGAAGGGCAGAGAAAAAAAUGCAAAUAAAUUAAGGAAACAUUUUUUGUGGGUGAAAGUUGUUUCUAGAGCUUGGGUGGGGUUGCUAACCAACAAAAUAUACAGACAACAUUGCCUUAUUUAGGCUUCAAUAUCAAUUUGAGAAAUGGUUACUUAGAGUUUUCUAGUCAGGGUGUGAACAAUAUUGAUUUGUGAGUGGCAACAAGCAAAUAUUUAUCUCUAUAUAAAUAGUUAUAAAUGUGAAUUCUGCACAGGUUUCUGACUGAUUUUCUUUAUUUCAGAAACAAACAAGAACAUGGGCGUAGAAGGAGGUGCUAAAAUCCUCAAAUUUUUGGUUUUCUUUUUCAAUUUCAUCUUCUUUGUAAGUAUAAAGCUAUUGUUGUCUUAAAAUCGGCAAAAUUUGAUUGGAUCAUUAAUGUUGUUUCACCUGGGUGUAUGGUGUUUGAGUGUUUCACCUGAGUGUAUGGUGUUUGAGUGUUUCACCUGAGUGUAUGGUGUUUGAGUUGGAGCCAGUAGUGAGCACUGUGAGAAAUCUAACACCAAGUUUUCAAAGAAUUUUUUAUUUCAGUUUGUGUUUAUUUCUUCUAUGGGCUCACUUUAAUUAUAAUGAUUAUUUCUCUCAAUUGGUAUUUUUACUCAUCUUCUUGUGUCUUUAUUUUGUGCUUCUCUGUUGUAGCUUAAAAAAACAUUUUCAAAUUAAGUCUGUGAAAGAGUUAUGAUAAGUACACCUGUAGAGAGGACAUUGGGACUUAAUUAGGAAAAUUGCUAAAACCUGGAAACAAAUUUUCAAUUUUAGAUAUGCAGAUUAUGAGACUAGUAUAUCCUGAAAACCAAACAUCCACAGAGGUUCAUGUGAUUGAACUAGAGAACUGACCAAAACCCACAGCCAUUUUAGAAAAUUAACAUACCCUUCAACACCCAAGACCUGAUUGUUAAUUCUCCCCUGAGCUGCUACACACUUUGUUGUAAACUAGUUAAAAGAAUCUGGUGUCAGAUCAAGAUAACAACUUCUAUCUUUUAUGUUUUGAAUAUUCUCAUAUAUAACCUGUUUGCUGAAUAAUGUACAGGUAAUGUAUGUGUAGGGAGAAGUUACAUGUUAAUCACUUGAGGAAGUUAAAUGGUCAAACUCAGACCUUUCAUGCUUUCUAUAAUGUAAAGUGUAUGUCCUCUAGAUCUCAUAAAUCUGUGAAAUGAUGUUUAUAAAAUUGUUUACUUUAUCCCCUUACAGAUUUUUGGCUGUGUGCUUAUUGGCGUUGGAGCUUGGGUUCUGGUUGACUCUGGCGACUAUGUGACAUUGACCAAGGCAGUGCCUUAUGCAACUGGACCUAGGGUUUUGAUUGCGGCAGGUGCACUCAUUGCAAUUGUGGCAUUCCUUGGGUGCUGUGGAGCCUGGAAAGAGAACCGCUGCAUGCUGGUCAUUGUAAGUGAUUAGCAAGUAAAUUCCCACACCACAAAGUUAUAAAUCAAUUAAUAGUAUAAAUACAGGCAAAGCCCAAUUAUUACUAGCUACAACUUUCCAAAGUUCCUAGUUCAGAUGCUGCAGAAUUAUGUUGUGAAGAAACUUUGAAUAAACAGUAAUUAUCAUCUUGUGUUUUUGGAUCUGUAAGGCUGCACCAUUGUAUUCCCUUUUGUUUUGAUCAGAAUUAUAUUUUUUUUCUUUGUUUUCAUUUCUUUUAAAUUGACUGUCUUUUGUGGGGAUGGUCAUCUGUUAUGACCUGAUAAUCUUUUGUCAAUGGUGUUGGGUUACAACAUCAAAGGUGAAAUAGAAAGUUGAUGUAAAUGUUUGUGAGCGGGAGAUCAAUUUUCUUUGAGGUGACUGUGUUUUAUUUAGGAAACUGUAGGGUAGGCAAGGAACAGGGGUGGUAUAGAGAGAAACACACUUGCCUUGCACCUCUGUGGUCCAAAGCUUGAUGUUACUUGUUUGCAUGUGGUCUCAAUUUGAUUUAAUUUACUUCUUGUCCUGGCUUUGAAUAAAGCUCCUUAGAUUUUCCUCCCUCCAGAAACAAACAAAACUUCAAUUUUGAUCGAAACAGGAAUCAGUGCAUGAAUUUGAUGAUUAAAAACUAACUUGUAGCCUUUAAAUUAUUGCUAUGAUAUGUUUUUGUUAGGCUGUCCAAGGAAAGUAGAUGUUUGUGGACCUAGAUAUUGGGAUUUAUCUAUGUUUGUUUUAUUGAUAUCGUGGGCAUGGUUGUGGUAAUAAUAGAAGUGGUAAGAGGGUCAAUGAUGAUACAGUGAGAAUGACAAUGAUGGUGAUAAAAUCAAAACUGCAUUAGUUUGACAAAUAUUUAAAAAAAUUUUCCCUUGCAGUUCUUCAUUCUCCUUCUUGUGAUCCUGUCCUUGGAGAUUGCUGCAGGAGUAUUGGGAUAUAAGAAUCGUGACAAGGUGUGUUUUACCCAAGAAACAUUGUGUUUUACAGGCAGUAAAUGAGCUUUGUUUCAUUUUUAUUUCAUUAAAAAAAAACUUUUUCCUAGGUUGAGAACAGUCUAGAUGAAGAUUUUGUGAAGGAACUCCAACAGCGUUACAAUGAAAGUGGAAGUGAAGGAACUACCAAGGGAAUUGAUACCUUGCAGGAAAAGGCUAGUAAUUUACAUGAAUUUGGUAGUGCCAUUCUUUUUGUUUAAAAAGUUGUCUGCAUGGUAGUGAAAUGAAUUUUGGUCUGAAUGGUUUUAAGCUACAUGUAAUUUGAUUUGUAUCUUCCUUUAUCCAGAUCAUGAUUCUUAAAAAGAGAAACCCAUGAAUGAACCCAGGUUCUUUGUAAAAAGGAGGAGUUUGUACCCACAAAUCUGCUUAAUUAUUUGACCUACCAGAAAGGGUUAAUUUCGGCAUUUCUGGGGCAUAUCUUUUGAAGAAAUUAUUUUGAAGAAUCUAACAAGAUCUCAUAGAGGGCUCUUUGUGGUCAUUGCAAUUUUCAUUUUGGCAUUGUUUGUAAAAUGUAUUCAAAGAAUGUAACAAGAUAUCUUAGAGGACUCUUUGUGGCCAUUGUCAUUUUCACCUGAAUGCCAUUAUAGUAUUCAACAUCUGGCGUGUGUUUUUGUGCAUAUCUCUAGUCAAAAUUUGGAAAUCUGAACUAUAAAUUCAGAGUAUUCAGAAGACCUUGCUCAGGAUGGGGAUGGCACUUUUCUUGUACAGUACCUCUCUCCACCCGGGAGUAUGGAUGGGUUCCCAUUCCCCCUUCCCCCCCCAGUCAGCCCUUAGGGAAACCUGAUGAAAUGCUGAAAUGCUGGGUUGCACCUUCUACUAGAAAAGCAUUUCAUCCAAUAAAAAAAAGGGGGGUGACAAUGCUUCUGUCAGCUCAAUGUUUCUGAAACUGGCUCUAAUCUGUGGGCCUCUAGGCUUGCAGGUAGACUAAUUUUUUUUUUUAUAUUAAGAUGCAUUUUGAGUUGAAAUAAUAACUCUAAUGAAAUUGCCUUAACAGUCAAUCAGACUAAGCUGUUAGGUACUUCGCUCUGACAAAAAUGUCAGCUUUUUUACCCUUUAAAUACGUUUUCAACCCAGUUGUUAACACAGAGUUAUCCCAGAAUAUAUUAACAAUUCAAAAUGCAACAUUAAAUGGGAACUCUGGUUUUUGUUCCUUAGUCAUUAAGAAUACUUUCCUUUGGGAAUUUGUUCCUUAGUCAUUAAACAUUUUGCAAUGAAUUGAUUUUUUUUUCCUUGUUGUUUCUAUAGGAGAAGUGUUGUGGCUGGUAUAACUACACAGACUGGUACCCGUCAAAGUUUGGAGGGCAGACUAACAGAGUUCCAGACAGUUGCUGCAAAGAAGUUGUUAAAGAUUGCGGAGCCAAAAAGGAUAUUUCCCUUUGGUAUCAAGGGGUGAGCAUGUGACUUUCAUGCAUGCAUUUAAAGUCUGCUAGUAAUGAUAAUAACGAACCUUGUAGCCCGCAGUAUUUGGGCAACAUUGUUCUUGUUGCCACUGCAUAAGUGAGCAGGAACUUGGUGCCCCCCCCGAAUUGGAUGUUAGACCAUCACUCACUCAUGAAUGCAACAUAACUCAUCAGAGGGGUAACCAGGAUAAUGAUGCCCAGUUAGGGGGGCUCACGUGCAAACCUUUGGGUGGAGAGUCAAGCAUGCUACUCAUCAAGUCAUGCAACACUGAUCUGUUUAACCUAUUAAACAGACAUUGAUUUGACUAAUUAUUUAAAUGCUGUCAAAGAUUGUGAGAUAUGCUCUAGGCAUGUUGUAUUGUCAUCACAGGGUUGCAAGACGAAGCUGGAGGACUUGCUCAAAAGCAAGUUGAAAUAUGUGGGCGCCAUUGCUGUUGCUAUUAUUGUCAUCCAGGUAAGAUGAAAUGAAAUGUACUCUGGUAUUUACUAAAGACUGUAUGAUUUUAUUUAAGGCUGAGUCUCUGAUCAGUCAGUAUUAGUCAGCUGUUAAGUUUCAUAGCAACAGAGAAGGUUUCAAGAAUGAUUUUUGUGGUGUAUUACAAUUUCAACAUCUUAGACAGAGGUCACCAUCAGAGUUUGGUGUAGAGUUGUUGAUCACGUAGAAAUUUUUGCUUAGAGUUAGAUGUAGAAUUAUGAAACUGAUCAAUCAAUCUGUGAAACUCAAAGGUAGUGUUUCCCAUUUAAGUUAUGCACUGUUGCAAGUCACUGGGUGCUGCUGACAUUUGUAAAGAGGAAGCUCUUUGGACUUUGUUGAGCAGCUUUCCAGAGUCGCUGUAGAGUAAUUAUGUAUUAUGAUUCAAACAUUGCAUAGAGUUUCUUAAGUCAACCAUAUACACCCUAGCAUUGGUAUGAAAGUUCUCUAUACUGUUCUCUGUGCAUUUCCUAUGAUACUUACAAGGAUAAUUUGUCUAACAAUCAAGAGCUUCUAAAGUUUGUAAUCCUCUCUUCUAUUCCUAUGACCUUAAUGUUUGAUUCAGGUGUUAUCCCUUUAACUCCCUUAAGUGACCAAGACAUAAUUUCUCCCUACAGUAUCAAUACAAUAUCAACCAGAUAAGUGAUGAGAACAAAGAAAAAUAUCAAUUUGGGGAUAAUUAGUUGAUCCAAUACUAAAUUCUCUGAACUAGCAUUAUAAGAAUUGUGUGGUUGACAGUAAGGAGAAUGACAAAUUUGAUCUGGGAGUUAAAGAGGGGAAAUGAGAUGCUUAUCAGUCUUGGGGGUUAAAGGGUUAAUCAUAUGAAAUGUCACUAUUUGAGUUAAAUUCUACAUUUGUUGUUCAUUUUUCAUUGACCAAUAUUUUCUUUAUACAGCUCCUUGGGAUGAUAUUUGCUGCUGUUUUGAUCUGCAAGAUUGGUGAUGGAACAACUUAUGCCUAAAACUCGUGUUAAUCAUGUUAAUCUUCUCUUUAAAGAUGCAAAAUGCAGUCCUUUGUUUGGACAUAACCAUUAUGUAAACCAGACAUGUGCUGAAAAUUUCUUUAUCUGACUUUUUGUAUUUAACAGGCUAGGGUUUAAUGUUAGAGUCAUUUUCGUAUAACAGUUUUCAUAAUUUGACAGUUUUCUUGGUUUGUCUCAAAUAAAAAAAGUUUGUUUAAAAAAUUUGAUUUGUUAGUUCUUCUUUUUGUAUUUUGAUUUGUUUUUGUUGUAGUUUGGUCAGUAAGAUAGGCUACUUCAUUUUUUGUUUGUUGUUUCAAUGUGUCCUGAUCAAGAGCAGGUCUCUAUUUAUAAAAGAACCUUGCACACUCUCUAUAUGACUUUUAAUUAACUGUGUGACUUUGCAAUGUAUCUUACAUGUCUACACAAGCUGUUUGUAUGUUUCACAAUUAUUGCUUGUCUGAGGAUUCAGUUUCUUCACCUUGAAGUUCAUGGCAUCAUCACUUCAGGAGAUCAAUUUAAAUAUUCUGAUGGCUAUGAGCUUGUAAGAGUUGAAUAAGUUUCCUAGUACUUGUGGUCAGAAGGUUAUUUUUUUGUCAGUGCAAAAAGCAGUUGGUUGAUAUCAUGCAUCUAGGUGCCCAUACCAUAUUGCCUCAAAUAAGCACCAACACUCCAAUAAGUGCCCUUCCCUGAAUAAGUCCCCACCCCCACUCCCUUGGCUAUAAUAUCAAACAAGUACCUCCACCUCCCCCUCCCCCCCCCCCCCCCCCCCCCCCUCCCUCCCCCCCCCUAUAAUAUCAAACCCCUCCCCCCCCCCCCCCCCCCCCCCUCCCCCACUUGCUUAAAUAGUAGGGCUGAAAGGAAAACCACUUUAAUUACAACUUUUUAAGCUUCAACUACUUUGGAAUUAACACAACCUCACCUCUCCUUGAUAGUAUUCCCUCUUCCCAUCUCAGCCAAAAUUUUUAUUAAGUACCCUGGCUGUUCUUCUGGUCAAUAUGGCAUUUAGAAACAUUACUGCAUUUACACUGACAAAAAAAAUUCUGAUGAAAAGUUUCUCUUUAAAGGGACAUAUUUUGUAAUGUUAGAGGAGAAAGGGUAUAUAAUCAUCUAAUCCCUAGUCAGUUCACAGACUGUUAUAUACAGUAGCAAAGGGGCUUAUGUAGUCCAAUGGCUAGAGGUAAUAAAUUUGUAUCUUGACAUUAAAUUGCUGUAAUAAACUUGAGUGAGAAGGCCUUUAGGCCUCAUUGGACAAAAAGGACUGUGUUUACUUUAAACUAGAAUAUCAUCACAAAGUUGAUAUUCCAUCUGUGCAAAUGAUCAAGUUGUCAAUAAUGAAGGGUUUCAUGGUUCCUUUAUCCACAG